AUGGAGUUGUUGAGGAUGUGGAUACUUGUUUUGGGCUCUCUGAUAUUGGUGGAAAUCUCAUGGAGUCGACCCAUUGGCGAGAAUCAGCAACUGAUUCCUGGUGAUGUUGAGCUUGCAAAGAGCUAUCUAAGGACGUUCUACACUCUCAGCCUCGAAGGCAGAGACAACAGAGGUCCAACACGUAGGAUCAGGUCUGCAUCAACCAUGGAGGAGAAGGUCAGAGAAAUGCAGAACUUCUUUGGCCUGAGAGAAACAGGAAUCCUGGACUCCAACACCCUGGAUGUGAUGAAGAAGCCGAGGUGUGGUGUUCCUGAUGUGGACAACUAUAGUUUUUAUCCUUAUCAGCCCAAAUGGAAGAACCAUACCAUCUCUUAUAUGAUUGCAAAGUAUACUCCAGACAUGAGUAGAGAGAAUGUGGAAAAGUCCUUUAAUUUAGCCCUGAAGAUGUGGAGCGAUGCAGCUCCUCUGACCUUCAUUAAAGUCAACCAUAGCAAAGCCGAUAUUGUCCUCUCCUUUGCACGCAGAGCUCAUGGAGACUUCUCUUCCUUUGAUGGACCUGGGGGUGUCCUGGCUCAUGCCUUUCAGCCUGGACAGGGAAUGGGUGGAGAUGUGCACUUUGAUGAAGACGAAACUUGGACAACAGGGGGACAAGGUUACAGUCUGUUUGCUGUUGCAGCUCAUGAACUUGGUCACUCUCUGGGUUUGACUCAUUCCAGAGACCCCUCUGCUGUCAUGUUCCCCAAUUACAGACAUCACAGCAGCAAACAGUACACUCUUUCCAUGGAUGAUAUCCUGGGGAUCCAAAUACUGUAUGGCAAACCCAAGAAAGAUGCUGAAACUCGAUCUACAGUUCCAAAGAAAUGUGACCCCAGGUUUUUUUUUGAUGCAGCUGCGGUCAUCCAAAAUGAGAUUGUUUUAUUUAAGAACAGAUUCAUGUGGAUGAGAACAACCAAGUCAACUUAUUGGAAUCGCCUGAGGGAAGGCCACAUCACCACCUAUUUACCUGACAUCAGUUCUCCUGUCGAUGCCGCUUAUGACAUCGCAGCCAAAGGCGUGGCAUAUCUAUUCGCUGGUCAUAAGUACUGGGUGGUGCAACAGUUAAAGACAAGAAGUACAGCUGGCAACAUCUCAGAGUUCGGUUUUCCACCAAGUGUUGGGCAGGUUGAUGCGGCAGUUCAUGUUGCAGAAUAUGGGAAAACCAUAUUCUUUAUAGGACAGCUUUAUUACAGGUAUGAUGAGCACAAGAGUCAGAUGGACCCUGGCUUCCCCAGAUUCAUCCAAUCAGACUGGCGUGGAAUACCGAGAAGGAUUGACGCUGCAUUUAAGUUGAAUGGCAGCAUCUUCCUCCUCAGUGGGACAAAAUCCUACCAAUAUGACUUCAGACAGAAGCGGGUGGUGAACAUAAUUGCAGGAAAUUCUUGGCUGGGAUGCUGACUUACUGAAAACCCACACUUCAUGUAGCUAAAAAAAUAAAUGUAACUGAACAUGUUGUGGUUAAACAGAGAUUAUACUGUUGCAUGACUGAUCUACAGUCUAUGAUGACCUCUGUACAAAGGAUAUGCUGCAUGGAUUUAUUGUGCAAUAUGAAAUACGUGUUCAGCAUGUGUUAUGGUUUUUAUGGGAUGUUUUGAGGGUUAUAUAUUGUCCCAAUUUAGCUUAUUAUGAUAGUUCCUAACAAAAAGCACAUAAUCGUAAUAACCAAAUACCUGAAUAAAUUUCCACUGACAUUUGUGUAAAACAGGACAUGUAUUCAUUAUGAACAACAUGGAGCUUGUGUCACUAAACUCUAUAAAAUUUAUUUUUGUUCAUAAAUCUGGUCUGUGUUUAUGUGACACAGAGGUUCCAUCUUCUUCACUCUCCAGAAAUGAUGAUAACAUGCUAUCAUAGUUGUUUGUAAAGGUUUUUCCAUCGCUGUUUUAAUAUCAUAUUCUUCUGUUUUAUUAAAGAGCAUUUAAUGUAAAGCUA